GAAGUGUGGGAGCAACUAUGAAAGCACUGCGUUCUACGCUGCCUCUGUUGCCCUUGAUGCUGCUGUGGGCUGUUUGUAGUGUGUCGCAGGUGCAGGCGGAGGUCAAAACGGUCAAGCUGUGUGGCCGUGAGUUCAUCCGGGCCGUGGUCUACACCUGCGGAGGGUCCAGGUGGAGGAGGCUGCUCACUCCACAGAACAUGGAAGGGAUUUUGAAUGGAGAGCAGAACAGCGCUGAGGACCUGAGUGAGAGCGAAGGAUUAGACCUGUCGACACGAGAUAUAAACCACCUGAUGACCAACAUGUGCUGUCAGGUGGGCUGCCAAAAGAGAGACCUCACCUACCUGUGCUGAGGAGCGGACACACACUCUCACACGCUCAGUGGUGUGUAAGGGAUCCUAAGGCCAUUACUAAAGAUCAGCUCGCUCUACGGCUCAUGGCAUGAAAGAUAAUUGGCAAAUCAGUGAGUGCCUGUAAAAUAAGUGUUAAGGGCAUAUAAACAAACAUUUAGUAGCCAAACCAUGUUGUUUAAAUAUGUGUUCAAUAUUAUACAAAAGGUUUGUGGAGAAAAAGAGAUUUCAUGCCAACUAUUUUAUGUUUUCAAAUAAUUUCAGUCUUGAAUUGUAUAUUUUGCAAGUUUUGUCUAAUAAAUUUUGCUGCAUAAUCAUGGA